CGGCGGCGGCGGGAGCGGGAGCGGAGGGUCCCCGAGGUGCUGCGGAGCUGGAGAGCCCCCAGGAGCCGUGUCCUGGCAGCCCCCCACGCAUCCCAGAGGCACCAUGAUCCCCAGCGUGGGCCCCCGGAGCUGCUGCCUGCUCCUGCUGCUCUGCCUCCUCCCCUGCCCGCAGGUCCGGGCGGGCAGGGACAGCCCCGGCGUCUCCGCAGCCUCCUUCCUGCAGGAUCUGCUCCAGCGCUACGGGGAGAGCCAGACCUUGAGCCUGAAGCAGCUCAAGGCCCUGCUGAACCGCCUGGAUGUGGGAGUGGGACACGCCAAUGUCUCCCGAACAUCUCAGCAGCGCCUGAACCUCUCCCGUUGCUUUAGCUCCGUGGAGCUUUUUGCCAUCCACAACCUGAGCGAGGGCUCCGCUGUGGGGCACAGCGAGUUCAAGGAGUUCUGCCCCACCAUCCUGCAGCAGCUGGAGUCGGGGGCGUGCGCCUCCGAAAACCUGGAAAAUGAGGAGAAUGAGCAGACAGAGGAGAGCAGGCCCAGCUCAGCUGAAGUGUGGGGCUUUGGUUUUCUCAGUGUGUCCAUGAUUAACGUGGCCUCCCUGCUCGGAGUCCUCAUCGUCCCGUGUUCCCAGAAGGCCUUUUUCAGCCGGGUGCUGCUGUUUUUCAUCGCGCUCUCCAUCGGCACGCUGCUCUCUAACGCGCUCUUCCAGCUCAUCCCAGAGGCAUUUGGAUUCAACCCUCAGGAAGAUUAUUACGUUUCCAAAUCCGCUGUGGUGUUCGGGGGCUUCUACCUCUUCUUCUUCACGGAGAAGAUCCUGAAGAUGCUCCUGAAGCAGAAGGACCAGCACCACCACGGGCACAGCCAUUACGGCCCCGAGGCUCUGCCCUCCAAGAAGGACCGGGAGGAGGGGGUCACGGAGAAGCUGCAGAACGGAGACCUGGACCACAUGAUCCCACACAUCACCAGCGACCUGGAGUGCAAGCCCCCCUCGGGGGAUGAGAAGGCCGUGGUGGGCUCCCUCUCUGUCCAGGACCUGCAGGCCUCCCAGAGCGCGUGCUACUGGCUGAAGGAGGUGAGGUACUCGGACAUUGGGACACUGGCCUGGAUGAUCACGCUCAGCGAUGGCCUCCACAACUUCAUCGACGGCCUGGCCAUCGGCGCCUCCUUCACCGUGUCUGUUUUCCAAGGGAUCAGCACCUCCGUGGCCAUCCUCUGUGAGGAGUUCCCACACGAGCUGGGGGACUUUGUGAUCCUGCUCAAUGCUGGGAUGACCAUUCGCCAGGCGCUCUUCUUCAACUUCAUCUCUGCCUGCUGCUGCUACGUGGGCCUGGCCUUCGGCAUCGUGGCUGGCAGCCACUUCUCUGCCAACUGGAUCUUUGCUCUGGCUGGAGGGAUGUUCCUGUACAUAGCACUGGCUGACAUGUUCCCUGAGAUGAACGAGGUGAGCCGGGAGGAUGAGCAGAACGGCAGCGCCCUGAUCACCUUCGCCAUCCAGAACGCGGGGCUGCUCACGGGCUUCACCAUCAUGGUGCUGCUCACCAUGUACUCAGGGCAGAUCCAGAUAGGGUAGGAACAGCCCGAGCUGCAGCCCUGAUCCAAUUUUUCCAUGGUUUUUUUUUGGGGGCGGGGGGAAGGGUUUUCUUUUUUUUUUUUCUUUCCUUUUCCUGCUGCAAACAUACGACGGUACCUGUGCGGGCACUGACGUCACACUACAGGAGAGACAUUGCUUUGAAAGCUAUUCCAUGGAUUUUUUUUUCUGGUUUAAGGCUGAGGGGAGUGGAAUUCCCCCUUUCCAUAGGACUGACCUGACUUUGUCCAGUGUCAUAUCCCUUCUCUCCUCGCCUCUCCCAGGAAGGAUGCAAUGGGGAGACAGGAGCUGCUCCAGCCGUGCUGCUCCUCUCGCUGUGCUUGGAGCGUUCCCAUGGCACACGAGGCUGUCCUGACCCCUCUGGGGGGUGUGCUGGGGACAGACAGGGACAGACCCUUCUCAGAGUGUUCCCCACAGCCAGCCCUCAGCACUGUGCUCUCCGAGGAUGAGGAGGUUCAUGAUGUCACCAUCAUCUGACUGCUUUUGCUCCGUUUCAGCCCGGACAAUGCCCUGGCAAGAGCAGGGUGAAGAGGGCAGGGGUUUUAAAGCACAUUUUGGGUGUCAGUGCUCAGAGCAGAGCACACCAAACUGGGUUGGAGUGACACUUGGGCUGCUGGGAGAAGCCUGCCAGGAUGCCCUGACCCUCCCUUCAGUCCAUGCUGCUGGAAUGAGGGGCAAACCCCAGCUCCUCCUCCGUGAGGGCUGCUCAGAAGGGAGCAGAGAUGAGAGCAGAGCCCUGCCCGGCCGCAGGCUCCAGCCCAGGGAUUUCUCCUCAGGCUGUGUCCAAGCUCACGGUGACACCCAAGAACAGCCACCAGUUUUUAAACAGUGCUAAGGUUCAGGGUGGGGUGGGGGGUGUUUUUAAAAGCAAAACUCAGACUGUGAACCUCUUUAGGUUGUGUGUUCCCAGCCUUAGGGAGUAGCCAGAGAAGGGUGUUCCAGGCACUUCCCAGCUCUGCCUCCGGGCUGGCGUUCCCCAGAUUCACUAAGUGAAUUACUUAUUAUCAUAUUGAUAAGGUUGUCCACCCCACCUGUGUUGCUUGAGGUUCCCUCACACACCUUUGGCCCCCAGACCCCUCGUCCUGUACCUGGUGUGAGCUUGUGGUCGUGUGGAUUCAGGGGAAUCCCUCGUGGUUUGGCGCUGGAUUGGGAUGGAGAGGUGCAGGUGCUCUGCAAGUGUUUGUGAGGUGUCUUCCUUCACUGCCCACCUGUGCAGGUGUGUGGGGUGUGACAGGGUGGUGGCACUGUGCUGGAGCAGAGGCUCCCACACCUUCCCGUCACCCUCUGAGGAAGGCAAACCUGAGGCUGUGCCAGGUAUUAUUCCUGCCCAUCUCAGGACAGAGGGCCCUGGCACAGGCUCAGCACCCCGGCAGCGUUGUACCCUGGCUGGAUCUCUGUAAUCCCUGAAUUCCUGUAGUUCCCAGCUGGGUGAUGUUCUUCCUAAGCUCCCAACAGCUGUCACUGAGCCCGUGCCCUCUGGCACUGCCAGGAUCCUCAUGGAUCACCACCUGCACUCUCAGUGGCUUUUCUAGUCUGGGUAUUUGUCCCCUCAGCACCCUCCAGCUCUUGGCUUUGUCCUGCACCCCAAAACCUAAAUAUCAAUUCUGGAGGAGCCUUUUUGGGGUGACCUGAAGGUGCCACACGGUCCUCGGUUGAUUCCCUCAAGGAGAGACAGGCUCUGCUUUGUCCUGUCUGCUGUCCCUUGUGGAUUGCCACCAAAAGUCACUUUUGCCACUGGAGCAGAACAGCGUGGCCUGUGCUGGCUGGGGCAGUCAUGAAAUUCAUCACCUGGCAGGCAUUCCCUGUGCUGCAGGUUCCAGGGCCGAAGGGGCAUUGGAAACACUUUUUCCUUGCUUGAGAGAGUCAGCCCCAGCUGACUGCCUUGAUGUGGAAAAUCUGAGUCCUUUCACUGGCACAGGUGCCCUCUCCCCCCUCUCAAGGAAGCACUUGGAAAACGCUGUGUGGCUGGCAGGGCACGGGAGCUGCAUCCUGGCUGGAAAAGCCUCUGUGGGGGAGGACAGGGGGAAAUGGGGGGUUUGUCCCCUCUGGACUGUGCCUGGGAGGUCCCCAGGAGCUGGGAAGUGGCAGAGAGCAGAGCUUGGCGUCCUCAGAGCCGGCAGGAUUCACUGUGGGCAUCACGACCUCUCGUUUCCAGUUUUUAUCCCUGUUUCCUGAGAAAUCUGCAACCCGGAGAUUUGGGAUUGGGGGGGUGAGAAUCGAGGCUGCCCUGCCACCAAGGAGAGCUCCUGUUCCCCCUGGGCAGGCUGGCACCUGCCAGGGAAAGGGCUGGGAACCCACCCAAACCGAGCCCCUCGUGGAUUUUCAUCCGUGUCUCCUUCCCCUCGAGUUCCAUCUCAGUAUUUCAAUUACAACUCAGGUGUUGUAGGAGAGAAACAAAGAGCGUUAACUUAAAUGUCACGUGAAUUGUACAGAUAUUUGUAAAAUUCCAUAAAUAAAAUAUAUUCUGUAAUGACGGAG